UUUGUAGAAAACGCCAAAUUGUCAGAAAAUUAUUUCAUGCCAACUGUGAAGAAAUGCUAAAAGUUGCUGCUGUAAUUGAUGAAUUGCCCCUCGGGUUGCAGGAGAAGUACCUUUUCUGUAUGAGUCCCGUUGAAAUGAGUGAUGAAAUUAUAUCUCAGGGUCUUACACAGUUUGCACAAAAUUACGCUUCGAAAGGAGUUGUUCCACUUCGAGAAAUAUUUACACCCGGGACUAUUAAGGUGCCAAAAACACAGGCUGCACUGAAGGAACUUGAAUCCAUACACAAGGUAUUGGAUCUCUACAUUUGGUUGAGUUUCCGGUUGGAGGAAUCAUUCCCAGAUCGUGAGCUGGCAGCUUCACAGAAGGCAAUAUGCAGCUUGUUGAUUGAGGAGUUUCUUGAAAGGCUAGGAUGGCAGAAGCCCACGAUGAGAAAGUUGCCUUCCCAGACUACCUCAACUACUCUGUUAUCCAGAGGUCUCAGACAAUACCUGUGAAUAUUAUGGGUUAAUCCAAUUAUUUAUUCUUUUCAUUUCUACUUGGUAAUGUUCAAAACUUUUAUCUCCCUCCAACCGAUGGGUGAGUAAGCUCCAUCUCAUCUUAAGAGGCCUGUCAUUUUAUAUUCAAACACACAUAUACGGAAUAAACAUGAUGCAUAUAUUUUCCGGUGGA